AUGAACAGUGUACCGCUCAGCACCCGCUACAGCUACACUGAUACCACAGCAUCAAAACGAGUGUGUAUGAGAUUUGAUUCCAUGCCACCAGCACAUUGUGCAGCAGGUGCAAGGCCCUGUUCCCUUGACCCUUUGUAUAUCGACCAGCGUAUAACGAAGGACUUUUGGAUGUCACUGUCUUUUCAUGGUUGGUUUGAUCCCUACCGAGCAUCUCCUGAUCACGCAUCAGGUGUUGAACAUUAUGAGGUUCACAUCCAUAAGGUUGCAGAUGGUGGCAAUGGAACUCUUAUGGUGAAACACGAAAGUACACUAAAAAGCAUUACAACCAAUGAAAGCAUUGUCAUUAGUCUACCUGACCAACCUGAACUAUACUCUAUUCUUUUGACCGUGAAAGAUGUUGCGGGCAAUGUGAAACAAGCCCGUCGGUUUGUUCUCUUUGAUAACAGCUCUGUAGUAGAGGUCAACAAAAAUAAGCCCAUCACAGUGACCUCAGCUAAUCCAGAAACAAACUACUUGUGGCAAGUUAACCAUCGCCCGGUGCAACUGAAUUGGAAAGGCCAUUUUCAUAACACACAUCACUUUCACCACAAUUUGUUACGACCCAUACGUAAGAACAUAGGCAUAUCUGGUGUGUAUGAUCAAACCACCGGUGACAUUCCCGUUACCGGCACAUUGAAUGUUCAUGGUAUUAUUAACUUCCAGUACUCGUUUCAACGACAGCUUCCUUCGCAGUCAUCCAUCAAGACCUUCCACAGCGUUCCAGACUUCACGUCACAAGUAUUAACUGUAUCGGAGGUAAGUCCAAGAGACGGUGAAAGCUACAAAUUCUGGAUCAAAGCUAUAGAUAUAAUGAACAAUACCUUUGUGGACAAUGUCACAGUCCACAUUGACAGCUCGGAACCUGAGAUUUCUAACAUGUGGUUGGUAAGGGAUGGACAUAAACAGCUCUAUGUCCACAACAGAACGGAUCUCUCCAAAAUGACACUCCAGUUUGACGCCAAAGAUCCAGAAAGCGGGCUGUACUCUGUCAAAUGGAAACUAGGCACCGAACAAUACAGCAGCGACAUUGGGAAUGGGUCCUUGAGUGUCUCUCCCUAUAAGGAUGAACACCCCGAACCACACUGCAAUUAUUGUCCAGCUGUCGGCCGAUGCGAAUUUUACAACUACACCAUUGGGCUUCACUCCCUUGUAGCUCGUAGGACACACAGAGGGCAGCAUAAUCGCAAGUAUCAUUUCACUAUUGAAGUAAUCAAUAACGCCAAACUUAUGACCACCGAAACCCUGGUUGUACACGUAGACGAGUCGCCUCCAAUGGUUGGUACCGUCUUUGAUGGUCCAUCCGGAAAAGACAGAGAUUUUCAAACCGAUUUAGCCAUACAUGGUCAUUGGCAUGGUUUUUAUGACCACGAAAGUGGAAUAUCCACGUAUAAGGUUUCGAUAUCACCACAGUGUCUUUCCAAAGAACAACUUCUGAAAUGCCUGCCUGGAAAUGAGACUAAAUUGACUACCCUAACAUCAACCUCAUUUCUUGCACCACAGCCGGGCCAUUACGUACUGUCAGUCAUAGCAUUUAACAACGCGAUGGAGCCUUCAGAAGUUGCCUGCUCUGAUGGCAUUGUUAUAGACACAUCCCCACCGGCAAUCUACAAUGUUCAAUUAACAAAUGGACGUAUUCGCGAUACUGUAGUAUGUGACGGGGACACAAUUUGGCUACUGGCACAUAACUUAACGAAAGCCAAGCUCCCGGGAAGAGAACCAGCCUGUGUUCAACGGUGUUUACGCGAUGUCCCGGUUUCCAUUUUUCCAGACAAAGAGGUGAACAACCGAACAGAAAUAAACAAAAUGUGCAAAGAAAUUCAAAAUAUCUCCUUCGAGAUCGCUUUACCAAAUGACGCUGUUAAUCUGCUCUGGAAGGCGUAUGAUAAGGAAAGUCAAAUAUAUGAUUUUGAAAUCGGUAUAUCGUCCAGCAAUGGAAAUAUUUUAAAUCCAGAUAUUGUAGGGUUUCAUUCAACUCACAACCACACCUAUUUUAAAAGAACACAUUCUGGACUUGGGGAUACGUCACGGUUCUUUUUCGUGAUCAAAGCAACAAAUAAAGCAGGCUUAUCAGACGUCACAUCACUAGGACCCAUUCGUCUGUACGAAUUACCACCCAUGUUCGUUGGGAAGCCGACAGUGGGUAUUCUUGACAGCAGCGUCAUGGUGAUUUGGGGUAAAGAUCAACUGAUAGACGACAAAGGAGCAACAGUAGAGAUAGCGGUUGGUACGCACAAUGUGGAAGAGUCUGUACAGCACUUUCAGCUAGCCAAAGGUGCUUGUUCAAAUGCCACACACUUCUGCGAAAAUGUAGGACUGUUUAAACUUCAGGAAUAUGAACGUGAAUUUGGAAACGACUUUUUCAUAUUUGCCAGAGUCACAAAUGCGGCAGGUCUUUCACGCGUCGUUGCCUCAAACCCUUUUCAACUUCCAACAGCCCUGAAACCAGCAAUAGGUCAAGUCUAUGAUAUCGACGCCAAUAACACACUGGAAGACAGGGACUUUAUUCUCGCUCCGAGCACAGUAUGUGCGGCCUGGCGAGGUUUUGAACACCAUAAAGCCGUUGUCAAUUACUCCGUUGGUCUCGGGGAAAGGCCAGGGGGAAUGGAUGUAAUGCCUUAUAGUGAAGUUUUACCCGCGAAUGGAACAGUUUUUUGUUUGCAUACAAACGAUCUGCCCCAUGACAUGAAACUCUUCUUUACAGUGAAUGCCAGUACACCCGCCGGUACUGUAUCUGCAUCCUCAGACGGAUUCAUUAUCAUCAAUCCGAAAGUGUACGGGCCACUAAGGGUUUUUCACGGUACAAGCUGUAGGGUGCCUGAAAUCACCUCUAAGCCAUCACUGAUAAUUACUCCGGGAGAAAAUAAAUUACUGCCUGAUUUGUUCACUUACCAAGUCGGCUCUUAUUAUACUGUUUGGCUCAACAUUUCAGUGAACCGGUCAGAUGUACCUAAUUUACUGUUCCCAACCUCGAAUGAGUACAGCUUAGAGCAAACGGAAGUAUGGUCAAAUGCUGUUCUUGGACAGAUUGUUUCAGUUACAAUUUUCCCUAUGACAAAAAAUAUUUCCUUUGUCCUACGGAAUGGCGGCAACAUGACGGUUAAUAUCCAUGGCUAUGCAAUUUCAAAUUGUGCUGUUGGUCUUUCGGUCCAAGCUUCAGCGACAACAAUGUCGGGUCAUUGGUACUUUGGUGAAGAUAUCCCUAAACCACUGUUCCAUUUUGAAUGUGCCGUGGCUCAAGCUGAAUGCAGUGAUGACAAAACAGACUGUGACACCACCUCAUUUGUGACCCCUUUUGUGAUUACCGGAACACGGUCUGGAUAUACAUUUUCUAACCUCAAUCUUCAAGUCGGUCGCCGCUACUUUUUGGUAGUGCGUCGAUGUUUUCACGCUGUCUGUCUCCCUGAGUCACGUUCGGACGGGGUCAUGAUUUACCAGAGGGCUCCUUUUGGCGGCUCACUCAGAGUUAAUGCUUCUGGGCGGCGAACUUCUUCGUCCAACAUAGAGAUGGAGAUAGAUAUCAAAUGGGAGCGCUUUAUCCUCUUAGACAACUGUGUUGUCAGUCAUUACAGAUGGACAGUAUCAGCGUACACUGACCACGCACAAACAGAUUGCAAGUGGUUUGUCAAAAUAUCCAACGCAUCUUCUGUGGAGGAUCGUCAAACGAUAGCACUUGCGCUGCCCAAUAGACGUCAGUUGUAUGUGCUUCUUCAAGGAUUCGGCAAAAAUGGUUUGUCAUCCGUAAUUACCACUUCAUUCAAGCUUCCCACCUUGCGAAAUGUCCCUUCAGUCCUUGAACUCAGGCAGAAAGACAUAAAAAAAUACGGGCACAUGCUGCAUGCAUCCAAUAUUGGGCCGAUCAUUGAAGAAAUCAGCAAUCGCGACGUCGACUUCAUAAGCAAUCCUUCUGUUCUUGGGGCUGUUUUAGUCGGCUCCCAGCAUUCCAACGUAUCCUGGUUUGUCACCAGACAACCUGAGAUACCAGAUGACUGUGCGACGGAUCCAAUGUGUCACCAUUUGACAACAACAAAUGGGAAUGUUCUAAGGCUUGAAAAUGCAGAACUGUCUGAGGGCUUUCAAUACUAUGUGUGUGCCCUGGCAAAAGAAGAAGUCACCGUGCGAGAAAAACACAUCGAAACGUUACCAGAAAUGAAAUUGUGCAGCAAUGGUUUCAUUAUCGACAGGACGCCACCCAGAGCAGGUCACGUGUCUGUUUUGAACUCCAUGAAUGGACACCUCCUGGACUCGACAACAGUUGUGCUCUCGUGGCACGGAUUUGUUGACAAGGAUGAAUUGGGAAUCCUUUUUAACAGAGGCAUAAGAUCCUACAGCUACGCCAUAGGUGCAUCUCCUUAUGGCCAAGACGUUGUUCGAUUCACGGACGUCAAGACAUCAACUCGUGUGAUUGUCAACAACUUAAGCCUCGUCAACGGAAUGGUGCAUUAUUUCACUAUCAAGGGUACUGACUUUGUUGGAUUGAGUUCCUUUGCGACUUCGGAAGGUAUAAUGGUUGACACCACACCUCCUGACUGCGGGACAGUCCUAGUUGGUUCUCCACAUAGACACUUUGCCUUAACCGGAAGUCCAAGCUUGCAGGUUCAUUGGAAUGGUAUCAAAGACGACGAGAGCGGCGUUUCCCGUGUUGCACUGGCUAUAGGAUCAGGUCCCCAUCAACAAGACAUCAUGGCUUUCACGUCUUAUCAGUCAACAACAGCCUUCCUUGAAGACCUGCCCCUUCUAGACGGUCACUCGUAUUAUGCUCAAGUGCAGGAAGAUAUAGACUACCAGAGCAAAUUAGACCUCGUAUAUGUUAACUGGGGCGGAUUCAUUGACCCUCAUUCUGGAGUUCAGUCAUACAAGGUAGCCGUGCAUGAAGAAGACCAAGAACCAGCAUUUAUUCUUGUAGGGAACAGAACAGAAUUCGGUAUGCGGUAUCACCUGAAACCAGGAGUGAAGUAUAUCGCCACUGUCGAGGCAUGUAACAAUGUCGGCCUAUGUUCAAGAGCGACAUCUGACGGCGUGAUAGCUGAUGUCACUCCACCGAUUGCAGGCAAAGUCGAGACUGGGUUUGAAGGGAGUCAUGCACAUUAUCUAGCCGAAAGGUCUUCAGUAUCAGUGAGAUGGUUUGGUUUCCAUGACGUAGAGAGUGGCAUUAAACGCUACAGCUGGUGUAUUGGCACAGAACCUCAGAUAUGUGACAUUAAGAACAUGACUAAAGUCUACUCGGCAUCAUCUGCCAUAGGAACUGGUCUACAGCUUCCAGAAGCGACCCGCCUCUAUGCUACAGUUUUGGUAGAAAACGGUGCAAGUUUUACCGUUAACCAGUCCUCACAGUACGUGAUAACCGACAGCACCCCGCCCAAUGUUGUCACUCCUCCGACAAUUGUCUUACGGGAUAUUCAAGUUUCCAGGCGUAACGGUACACAAUUUGAUCCGUCACAGCUGAGGUGCACAUGGAAGUUCACUGAUGACAACAGCCCAGUUAUUAGCCAUCUUGUAACCAUAAACACUCACCAUGAUGGCAGUGUUGCCAUACCACCCGUUGAGAUAGGAGAUGUAGAUUUUGUUCAGUUAAAUUUGCCACGGAAUCAGACAUUCUCUGACGGUGAUGUUUACACUGUGAGCGUAACCGCAUGCAACGCGGCAGGUUUGUGCACGUCAUCAACAUCAGAACCAGUUCUGGUGGAUUCUUCUCCACCUCACAUAGGGGGGUUCCAAGAACCUUUGACUUGGACUAUAGUGGAUGGAGUGUCCUCCAUUAAUCUUUCUUGGACUGGAUUCGCAGACCCCCAUUCUGGUAUCAGUAACUACUACGUUACCAUCGGGACCUCCUACAGCAACAGUGAUGUCACAGGUGGAGCAACCCAAGCCCAACAUUCAAUUGGAGACCUUCAGAACAUAAAUGUCAACACUACCGUAAAUUUCAUACCGGGACAAUUGUUGUUCAUUUCUUUAUGGGCAGAAAACGGCGCUGGACUGAGAAGCCAUAUUGGUAGAAUUGCGGUAAAAGUGAUCAGUAACAAUCCUGACCACAGGUCGGGGAUUUUGGACAUUGAAAAACACUCUUGCGAUAUCCAUUACUGUAAUUCAGACUGUACAUGCGCGGUUGUAGGUCGAAAAUGCAUGUCAGAUGGAGCGUUGCCUAAUUGCACCGCGGAAAAGGGAAAUACAGCCACAAGGAAGUUUGUCGUAGCAGACGGAAUAUUAUCGGAUGCUGCGUUUACAUGUUCUUCAAAAUGCCUUUCGGGGCAUUGGUUCGGACCACAAGCCAACGCCAGCGAGAUACAAAGAUAUGAGUGGAGCAUAGGUAUAUACAACUCCACAGGCGGAAACGGUAUAUUUGACUUGACAACAGAGCAACCAUGGUUCGACAUUGGUCACUUAAAUGAUUUCACAUUUUGUCUCACAGACGGUAGAUUUCUUAACCACAAACAAAAAUAUGCUGUCUAUGUCCGAGCAUGGACUGGAUUUAGCACAUACACUGAGUACAUGUCAAAUGGUGUCAUGGUUGACCUAACACCGCCAUCACAACGACGAGGGAAACACGUGAUAGACUGUGGAGACAGUUGUGAUGUUGACGUUGAAUUUGCACGAAAUACGCAUACCCUGUCGGCAGACUGGACAGAUGUAUUUAUCGACACCCAAAGUGAAAUAGAUCACUAUGAGCUGUACAUUGGAACAUUUCCAGAAGGCGAUGACGUUAUUGGUACAAUUGACCUUGGGCUCUCCACCAACUUUACCUCCCCUGACCUUCAGCUUAUGGAAGGCGUCAGGUACUAUACGACCAUUGUGGCUUAUAACAAGGUUGGUCUGUCAGCGUCGUCCACUUCAGAUGGUGUGACCAUCGACAACCAUAAGCCAAUUGCUGGUAAAGUGUAUAACACAGCCUGGUUUCAUAACAAGCCAAGUCAGCAGUCGGUGGAAACAAUUGGUGUCUCUUGGACAGGUUAUGAUGACUACCAUUCCGGCAUAUCCCAUUACGAAGUAACCAUUGGUUCUUCCCCAGGUCUCGCGGAUAUCCGUGGAAUAACUGAUGUUGGGCUAAACAACACCUUUGAACUGUCUGGUUUAAACUUGACUCAUGGCAGUAAUGUAUGGGUGUCUGUGAGAGGUGUAGAUGCAGCAGGAUUAUCAUCUGAAUGGGUGUAUAGUGGCAGAUUAUUCAUUGAUAUAACACCGCCGACAUUUCAAAUGUGUGACUCAUUUAAAGAAGUCAUCUGGCAGUUUUCAAGUUCAAAUAAUUACACGUUUAACACAAAUGAGAGUAUACUUAGUACCAUUCCAUUGAACUUACCAGAAACUUUGUUUUACAAUGAUGGAAGGUUGGACGUAAUAUCAAACCCCGAUGGCUCGCAAACUGGUCUUACUUUAACAUGUGAGGACACAGAAGAACCAUUUAUUUGCACAGAUAUUUCAAACAAGUGCUCAGUCUCAGUCUACAGCUCAAUGAAACCGUCAGUGUCAUCUGUUUGCCAGUUAGAAAGAUAUGGACAACCAAUCAGACUCCAGGAAGCAACUGCUAUGGUUUGCAACAGAAGUUUCGGAACAUUUUCUAGCGGACCGGUGCUUAGGCAGUUAGGACAUUCCUCCAUUGAGAUAACUCAUGGAAUCAAUGACCCUGACAGCGGUAUAAAGAGACACAUGCUAGGCCUUGGGACGACAAAAGGCGGGUUCCAAUUACAACCUCUGGUUGACAUAGGUAAAGCCCCGAGAGCAGUCUUUGAUGUAUCUGCAGUGCAUGGGACUCCAAUCUACGCCACAGUGAUUUCAGAAAACAACGCCUUGUCCACAGCUGCUUUUUUCUCAGAAGUUCUUGUCCUAGAUUGGACUCCACCUAUUAUUCGCAGUGUCCACAUUUCUGUUCUUGAAACAGAAAACCAAACAUCUAAGUUUCAAGUUGUGGCUAAAUGGGAAGUCUUUGACAAUGAAACGACAGUAACCGGAUGCACAUGGACAAUAGGACGGUCUGAAAGCACCCAAGGCAUUUUACCAUGGCAACCGACAACCAACAACAGCUAUUCUGGCCCUGUUUCUGCGACCCUAACGCAUGGUGAAAAGGUGCAUGUGACCAUACGGUGUAGCAAUGAAGUCGACCUGGUGGCGGUCGCCAACGCUCAACCUGUAACUGUAAUCACCAAACCACCGAUAUCCGAAAAUGCCAGUGUAUUGUCCAUUUUAAGAAACGAAAGUCCUUUCCAUGCUUAUAGGUCGUACCAGUCGACCAAUUCAAGUAUUCGUGUUGCUUGGUCCGGAUUCCAAGACAAUGUUGGCAUUCAACGGUAUGUUAUACGUGUUCGGGGUCGAGAUAACCGAACCGUUGUGAAGUGGACCGAUACCGGACUGCACACAGAUGUUUGCUUAGAUGGUCUUUCCCUAGAAGAUGGAUCCUACAGCGUGGAAGUAAUGGCCGAAAAUUCAGCUGGUAAAGUCAGUGAACCAAAGAACACUUCUGUUCUCAUUUUGGCUACGCCACCUUCAGUUACAGGUAAGCGGCCGUCAAUCGUAUGUCAAAAGGAAAAGUGCACGGUUAACUGGCGCCAGUCCUUUGACGGUUUUCCAAACAUCCUUCCUCUGCGCUUCGAAGUGUGCUUUGGUUCCAAGCAGGGUUCCUGUGAUGUACUUCCUCCCACAGAGACGUUCAAAGCGACUUUAAAUAUCUCCAGACUGCCAGAUAUGUUAAAGAUCUUCGGUUCAGUAACGGCAAUAUUACCAUCCGGGACUUAUACAACCGUUCAAAUGACAAAAGAUAAUUAGACAGAUAAGUGUAUAUUCCUGUG